GCCCGCAGAAGUCACGCCCAUCACAGAGAACGACCAGCUCUACAUCACCGUCGUGCGUCCUCGACGCUUUUCUACUACGCAGAACCAACUUCUUUUGGUGUUCUCAUUCGUGCUUCAGACCUUUUGCUUCCUUAACAGACAAAAUUGCUUCUUCUCACCAUGUUCGUUUGCGGCGUCGAGUUCUCGCCGUUCUCCCGCAGUCGGUACUGCGUCAUCGACUGCUUCAUCACCUUCGUGGUGGCCGCCGUGUGCCUGCCAGUUUUCGUCAUGGUCGCCGCCUCCCGCGUCUACACAGGCGUUCUCCUCGGCCUCGCUGCUGUCUUCUUCUGCAAGCUGUGGCGCUUCCUUCCCUCGCACAGACGGUGGGUGGAGCACCAAGCACGUAAGAGGGCGGAGUGCCUGGUGGCGGAGUGGCGCACGAUGCGGCCGUCAGCGCAGGGGUCGUACACGCCCACCGCUGUGACAGGGAUGGUGGAGAUGUCCGCUGUGAACCCAACGCCCAUGAGCAGCACCGCCCUCAACACAAACCCAGCUGCGAUGAGUGGCAGCGGCUUGCCUCCGUACUACUAUUACGGACGCUCCCCGAACUGCAGUCCUUAUCCGGGAACACCGUGUGGGCCUUUGAUGCUACCGCUGCCGCCACCGCCUGCGCCUCCUGCAACUGCCCCCGUCGUUUCUCUCCCGCCAGUGCAACCUGAGCACGGACAAGAUCAAAACGGGGUGUGGGGACGACAGCAGCAGUUUCUGGUGGAGCUGCAGCAGCCGCAGCCACUGCCCCGAUCGCCGUGGUGCCCUUACUUGCCUGCCAUCACAGAUGUCCAGGCGGUGGAGCCGCAGCGACUGAGUUAUCCACCAAGCCCACGCCGCUCCCCGUCGCCGUAUCUGCCGCUGCCCUUUCCUCCUCCUCCCCCCGCCGGUGCCGCACGAAGCUGCAGCGACGAGACCGAGAGGAGGUGCACGGCUGUGGAGGACAGCGUGCGGUGCUCGCACCCGUCACGCAGCGCGUCGGCCGCCACCCCACUUCCCUCACCCUCGAAGGACUCCCGCCGCAGCACCCCUGCAGCACAGGCCCGCCGCCCCACAGACGACUCGGUGGUGCGGCGCUGGAGGUCGCCACAGGAGGCGCCGUUCGCCUUCUCUGAGCACUCCCUUCCUGCCGUCUCCCGGCCCGUUGCGGGAGCCCGUGGCGGAUCGCGGCUUCUGUGGCGCACCUCGUUGCCGCCUGCGCAUCGCUCCGCCCUGCACCGCCACCCCCGCCUCAGCGACCGCCAGAGCCCCCGUCGCCGUCCUCCGUCCCUCGGCAGUCGAAGCGCCAGUGGAGACGUGAGUCCGCGCAGCAGCGGCUCGGUGGGUUCGUCUUCGGUGGGUUCUCCCUUGGACGACGCCCCGUACGCGGUGGCGUGGCGUCCCUCGUCGCCCUCUGUCUUCUUGCGAAAGUACGGUUGA